AUGCGAGAAGACUCAUGCGGACUAAUUGCUGUUGCGACAUGUAUCUACAUAGCAUGCUGCCUUCUACUAGUAGCUCAUUCGCCAGCACGUCUCAAUCAUUUUGUUUGGGCUGCCAGUGUUGCACGGGGUAAGCCAGUACAUUCAGAAUAUUGGGGCAGACAAAGUAGAGCCCAAAUAGUUACGGCACCUUCAUCAACACUCUGCACCGGCGCGAUUUUCAUCACGGCGUGGUUCUCUAGCAAUAACUGGUCGCAACGACUUUGUGCGUGCGGAUUCUUCUUGUGCAGCAGCUUCGCCGGCAAUACGGCAUGCUGUUUGCGCCACCAGUGCGGAAAAUGUUGGGGGCACAUUAUGCGUCGAGCGAACUUCCACCAGUCGAGGUUUACAAUGUAUUACGAGCAGGGUACUAGUUCUGCCACAGCAAGAACGACACACCUCUAG